AUGCAGCGGGGCCCAGCCCAAUUGAGUUCCGUGUCAGACCUGUACGUUAGCGACGAAAUAUCGGUGCUGCUUGAAGAGAUCCACGACUUGGAACCGAAGGGCAACAUCGCUCCCAUCGACGACGAACAGGAGUUCGAGAUCAACGGCAGUCAGACGGGCGGCUCUUGGUUGGAAGUCACCAACAGUAUGGCGGGCACACCGGGAUCGUGGGAUUCGCACGCAAACUAUAAACAUCAGGAGGCGUCUAGGGCCAGAUAUAACGGAGUGGUGUUGCAUUAUGACAAAAGGCCAAUGAAGACGCCGUCGGGCGUCAUCCGAGUUCUACUGCUGGUCACCUGUGUCUUGUGCAUGUUUUGCCUGUGCUUUGCCGGCACUUCCCGGUUAGCAUUGUUCAUGUUGCCCAUGCUUAAUCGGAUACGGUUCAUACUGUUUGUCACAUUAUUCAACUUUCUAGUCACUGGAGCUAUACUAUUUUUGGACGUCACGCACACCGUGUACCUAUUUCCGUUCAAUUGGGGAAAAUUGAAUGUACUAUUCUAUGUCAUGAUGACCAUAUUGUGUCUCACGAGCUCCUCGCUGGUCCUUCAUCAAGUAUAUUCAUUUCACGAGUUUUACACAUGGGUACCGCGUGCUACGCGUCAUCAAUUGCUCGCUGCUGCAGUUUUAGGUUAUUUAUGUGCACUGGAAACGUUGUUGCUGGCCUUGCUGAGUCGCUGUGAUGGUUUGGGCGGUCUACAUUACCGCCAAGUCAAAGAUGAUAAUAUGACAAGUCCACCCAAUACACUGGCUCUGCGUCAAAGAGUUCCACCACCACCCACAGUUGUAUAUUCACCAUCGCCGUCUCCUUCAUUUUGUUUACGAUCCAUCAAUCCCAAAUCAUAAUCAUCAUUAGUUUACAAUAUUACACUUAUGAAACAGAUAUUUCACCCAGAAACUUAUAAAAGUUGCGACUAAAAACUACUGUACUUUCUACAAGUUUUAAUAUAAUAUAUACACAGUAUGUAUUGUGGUUUUAUAUGUGGAAUUCAAUUGCGACCAAUUUAAAGUAUUAUUAAGUAAAAAAAAGCUCCCCCAAAAUACUUCAUAUAUUUUUGUACUGAAAUAUCUUCUACUAGUUUUUUUUUAAUAUUAAUGUAUUUUCAGAUUUUUACAUAUUUUAAUUUGCACAUAUUUGUUAUUAAUUAAUAUAAACAAAAUUCUUGGGUUUAUCAAACAGUAUCUACUAUUUGACCAAAUUAAUAUUUUUUAGAUAUUUGGUUUUCAUUAAACGUGUGUAUUUUUACAUUCUAUUUACUUUCCAUGUAUUCUCAUCUUAAAUAUAUUUAUUUAUAUUGUUAAAGUAUAAGUUUUCUUAUUAUUGGCCGUCCAUUUAAAAUAGAUAAUUGUGCGCUUUACACAGCUACUGAAUAAAAGCUGUAGUGCUUUACAACAUCUAAGGUUAUUUGUAUGCCUAAAUCAUUAAAAAUUAAAAAAAAAUUCAAUAUUAUUAUUUAUUAUAAUAUACUCUCUAACAAAACUUUUGCAUUUAGACUUUGCUAGUCAUGUAUUCAAAAAAUGUAAUAUCUUAUCUGAAAAAAAUAUAUGAAAACUUAUUUUUAUCUUAAUUAUUUUUAAAAAGGCUUAAGUGUGUUAACAAGCUUAUAUAUGCAUACUCAUUAUCAAUUUUAUCAAGUAUUUUAAUUGAACCCUAAUGAUCAAACUACCAAAUUAAAUAGAAGUCAUCUUAUUACAACGGGAAAAAUUAAUGUAAUUAAACCAAAUUCAAUGUAAUCUUGUUACUUACUAGAAACCAAAGUUCCCGAAAUUUUGUCAUAUCAUUGUAUAGCUAAAAUAUUAUGUGGUCUGAAAUAUACUAGUUAAAACAAAUAUAGGUUUUACUGUUCAUAUUUUAA